AUGAGCAUCUUAGUGGAUGAGGAUCUUAGAGGGAAGGUGGUGGAGGUUAGAAGGGUCAGUGAUAAGGCAGGCUUGUAUGAGGAGGUGAAAGUAAGUUUUUGGGGGGAUUUGGACGAGGUGGUGAGAAGCGUUCGUAGCUCGGAGAAGAUUGUCAUAGCAGGGGACUUUAAUGUGCACAUCGGGAUUUUAUCGGAAGGCUAUGAAGAUGUGCAUAGAGGCUUUGGUUUCGGUGAUAAGAAUGGGGAAGGAGCUGCACUAUUGGAGUUUGCGAGGACUUUUGGGCUGGUGGUUGUGAACUCGAGUUUUUCGAAGAAAGAGGAUCACUUGAUUACCUUUUGA